CUACUGUUCAUAUGAUUCGCUCAAUUCUAGAAACUGCAAUAUUGAAGAAUUUUACCACCAGAUUGAACUGAACUGCACUAUGUAUCUACCAUUCUGGAUAAGUUGGGCAGGUGGAGACAUUAGAGUAGGAACUGGGAUUGACGUUAGUGCAAAUGUUUUGGGAAAUGUCACAAAUACAAAUAAUUUUGAAGUGAGAAGUAUUGGAGUAUUUACACGUCGUAGGCAUGAAGAAAGAAAUUGGAAAAUACAAAUUGAAGUUUCAGACAAAUUUGCUGGAUAUUUUGACAGCUGUAGUAUGGAUAAUACCAAGUCUGACAUGGUUGUUGUCGGUGAAAUAAAAUGUUCAGAAAUGAGAUGUGCUACUAGCUGUGGAAUGUCAAAGACUUGUAUGGGUUAUAAUUUCAACAGCGCCAUGAACAGAUGUGAACUUCUCUGGUUUGGAUCAGACGUUGUGACAGACAUACCACAUCACACUGAAGCCGGAUGGAUAUUCUACAGUAAAUGUUUCAAUGGGAAAACUGCCUGUCUUGGGUGUUAUUUCUAG